UGAGUGUCCGUGCUGAGCGCAUGCGCGGGUGUGCUGCCAGACCCAGGGAUACACACACCACCUUCACUCUCUCUCGGUUUUUUCAUUAUUUUCCGACAUGGGUGAACCACAGAGUGCUCUGCUCCUCCGGAAACAGUUAGCAGCGAGGGCGGUUUUUUUAAAGCACAUUUAAUAUUUCCACGAGAAUAUCCCCUUCGGCCGCCCAAAAUGAAGUUUAUUACAGAUAUUUGGCAUCCAAACAUUGAAAAGAAUGGAGACGUGUGUAUCUCAAUUUUGCACGAACCCGGUGACGACAAGUGGGGUUACGAAAAGGCGUCGGAACGUUGGCUUCCAGUGCACACGGUUGAAACUAUCCUUAUCUCGGUCAUCAGUAUGCUAGCAGAUCCUAAUGAUGAAAGUCCAGCCAAUGUUGAUGCAGCAAAAGAAUGGCGUGAAGAUUACACUAACUUUAAGAAAAAAGUUGCCCGUUGUGUUCGAAGAAGUCAAGAGGAUUAGGAGCUGUAGGCUAUUAGCAUAUCCCUGGUUUUAAGAAAAGUAAUAAAAUGUGGUUGCCAUUCCCAAGAGACUACCCAUCAUCUCAUGUUUGGACAGCAACAACUGCCAACUCUGUGACUAGCCUGAAAAGAAGUGAUAACUGAGAUGUCUUGCGGCAUCUUGCAAAUGUUGGCAGGGAGGAAGAGUGAAAUGGGUCAUCCAAAGGUGGCCUUCAAACUUCAAAAGAGGAAAUGGAUGGAUAUUGGUUGUUCAAACACGUUGAUAAACAAUUCUGU